CGGAAUAAGGUAAACUGUGCACGCUGCACAACUAGUUCCAUUUAAACCGCGUUAUAAGUCAAGUUUUAAUGAAAGUGGUGUUAACAAGUUGACUCUAAGACGAGCGAUGACCCCUACCUAUUACGUCAUACUGACAACAUAUUCAACUAAACGUGUAUAAUAUUAUUUAAAAUGGUAAUCAAUGCCCCAGCCCACUGAUAAUGAGUUGAUAACAUUCAGUAGUGUUUGCGAAGGCGUGGAACUGAGCCGGCCCGCGACAUGAAUCUUUAUUAUUUAUAACUAGAAAAUUUGUUUUGCUUAUAAUUUUGUACGAAUAUAGUCAUAAUGUCGUUCCUUAUGAGAAAGUGUAUUGUGAACUUAAAGAAUGUCAACAGGUGUAGAACUGUGUGUGUUUUCUUGCAAACUGAAAGACAACUAUCAAGAUGCUCAGCCAAUAUAUUAAAGCGCAGUAUAUUGCUAUCCGAAGUCCACCUUCGACACAGGCAGUUACAUACAAGUCAAAUUUUCAACAAAGUUGUCGCUUUCAAACUAUCAGACAUCGGUGAAGGCAUACGAGAAGUCGUUAUAAAAGAAUGGUUCGUGAAAGUCGGUGAUAAAGUACAGCAGUUCGACAAUAUCUGCGAGGUACAGAGUGAUAAGGCUGCUGUGACUAUCACCAGUCGAUACGACGGCGUGGUCACCAAACUCUACCACGAUGUAAACCAGACAGCGCUGGUGGGACAACCACUUGUUGACAUCGAAGUACAGGGAGCUGCUGAUGAAGCUUCUUCUGAGUCAGUCGAGAAACCAGCUGCCGUUAAUCAACAGGAACUAAAAGAAGAAAAGCCCCAAAGAGUAAAAGUACUAACAACGCCUUCCGUAAGAAGGAUAGCUGCGCAGUUUAAAGUAGACUUAAGCACCGUCAAAGCUACCGGCAGAAAUGGAAGGGUACUCAAAGAAGAUAUGCUUGCCCAUUUAAAUAUAGACUCGGACGGUUCCAACAGAGUAUCUGACCCAACCAGUGUGGAUGCUGUGCAAAUACCCAUGACUCCAGCUCAAGCCAAGGUCGAAGUUCUAUUGGAAGACCGAGUGGUUCCUGUUAGUGGUUUCACUAAAGCCAUGGUGAAGUCGAUGACUGAAGCAAUGAAAAUCCCACACUUCGGUUACAGCGAUGAAUACGAUGUUUCCAAAUUAGUUGAAUCCCGUGAAGCGUUGAAGAACAUUGCUUUAUCUCGGGGAGUGAAGUUGACGUAUAUGCCAAUCAUUAUCAAAGCCACUUCUUUGGGCUUGGAAAACAUUCCUGUAUUGAACAGCAGUCUUGACAGCACUUGUGAACAUCUCACUUACAAAGCUAGUCACAACAUUGGCGUAGCAAUGGACACACCUAACGGUUUAGUAGUUCCUGUAAUUAAGAAUGUGCAAAAUAAAACGAUACUCGAUAUAGCUCGUGAACUCAAUACUCUUCAAGAAAAAGGUUCUAAAGGACAACUAGGUCUUAGUGAAUUGUCUGGGGGAACAUUUACUCUAUCGAACAUUGGUAUUGUUGGCGGGACCUACACCAAGCCGGUUAUAUUACCACCACAAGUAGCCAUUGGUGCACUUGGGAAAAUACAGGUUCUACCAAGGUUCGAUGCUGAAGGCAAUAUAAGAAAGGCUCACAUACUGACAGUGAGUUUCUCAGCAGAUCACAGAGUCAUAGAUGGCGUUACCAUGGCACGUUUCUCAAAUCACCUAAAGAACUACCUCGAAAAUCCAUACACGCUAUUAUUGGACUUAUAGUUUUAAAUGUUUUUAUAAUAUAGAAAUGUAAAAAAUCAUAGUCAAUUCCCUACAACCUAUUUCAAUCUUGUUACAUUU